CAGGAAGUGAAUGAAGCGUUAGCCGGCUGAAUGCAGAGUGAACGGGAAGUGGCUGCGGGAGGAGGCGAUUGCAGCGUUUGGCUGUGCGGAUGGGGAGACGGAGGACAGUGCCCGUGGUGGGUGCACGAGCAUCCCGCGGUACCGUCACGUGCGGCGGUCGGCCUGUCCGCCGCCUCCCGAACUCGGGAGUGUAGAGCGCCGCGUGCCUGAGGACACAGCUAGGGAAGAGGAUGCGAAUACAGACCCCGGACUCAGGCCAGCUAUGGAAGGGGUUCUCUUCAAAUGGACCAAUUAUAUCACUGGUUGGCAACCUCGGUGGUUUGUUUUAGACAACGGCAUUCUGUCUUACUAUGAUUCCCAAGAUGACGUUUGCAAGGGAAGCAAAGGAAGCAUUAAGAUGGCAGUCUGUGAAAUCAAAGUUCAUUCAACAGACAACACACGGAUGGAGCUCAUUAUCCCAGGGGAGCAGCACUUUUACCUGAAAGCCGUCAGUGCUGCUGAGAGACAAAGAUGGCUAGUUGCAUUAGGAAGUUCUAAAGCUUGUCUUACAGACAACAGGACAAAGAAAGAAAAAGAAAUAAAUGAAACUAACGAAUCUCUGAAAACCAAAAUGUCAGAACUUCGUCUGUAUUGUGACUUGUUGGUACAGCAGGUUUAUACCAUUAAGGAAUUUGUCAGUCAAGAUGAGAAUCGUUCCUGUCCAAGUGCGGAGAGUAUGAAUGAAGCCUCUUCUUUGCUCAGUGCAACCUGCAACACAUUUAUUACUACACUCGAAGAAUGUGUCAAGAUAGCAAAUGCCAAAUUUAAACCAGAAAUGUUUCAGCUGCCCCCUCAUGAUUCCUUGACAUCAGCUGUGUCUCCUUCUCCGGUCCAAAUGAUGAAGAGGUCCAUGAGCCACCCAGGCACUUACUCGUCAGACAGGGCUAACCACUCCUUUAAGGAACCAAAUUCUUACCAUCGAGUGUCUCACAGGAGACAAAGUGCUUACUUGGAUACAGAAACCUUUAAUGACGAGAGAGAGCGACCUAUGCAGUGUCCGAUAUCCGGGAUUAAUGGGAAUUUUCGUCCGACAAGCAUUCUGGAAGAGAACCGAGCCAAGUCGAAGGAAGCAGCCGAUUUUCAUGUUUCUUUGUGAAAUUUUUGAAAGAAGUCUACAUUUUGUAGAAGUACUGCUAUGCAAUGUCUGCUGGUGAAAUGGUAUAGUUGUUGAACCCUGAAAAGGAUUUCACAGCACUUUAUAUAGUAUUUUAACAGAAAACUUCAACGUCAAGUUUAGCUUUCUACAGUUUAUUUGGAUGUUGUUUGAAUGUGCGUCUUUGAACAAACACCUUUUUAGUAUGCAAUUAUUGGUGAAGGACUCUAGCCCCCCCCCGCGCAAUAACUUUAGUGGCUUUGUAUUUACGCCUUUGGGGUCUGUGUAACAAUGUAAAAUACACAGGCCACAAGGUUCAUUUCCUCUAUUGAAAUUGAAAGCGGUUUGUCAUGAAAUGUUUUCUGUAUAUAAUGUACACACGAUUUUUUUUGCUCCAUUUUCAAUUGUACACCUAGGAGAAAUAUUUUGUAAUGUGAGAAAAUGGAAUAUUGUGUAGAGGCACCUUGGUAGUAAAAUAUUAAAUUAUUCAUACGCGAGGAUGGGUUGAGCUUGUAUAAAAGUUAA